GAGGAGGUCACAGCAAGUCUAGCUGGGAAGAAUACCAAGGGGACAACAGGCCACUAACCCCACUAACCAAAACCAACAAAUCUUAAUCACCUUUAAAAAAUUUCUUUUUUACGUUUAUUUUAAAUAAUUGAAAUUAACACAAUAUGUCAGAGUUAUACAAUGUUCUCGGUGUGCCAAGAAAUGCAAGUUAUCAUGAAAUCGAACAGUCUUACUUAAAACUCUCAAAAGAUUUACACGCUGGACAGCAGCCUGGUGCAGCAGACAUAUUCAAGGAAAUUUCAUUUGCUUAUGAAACUUUGUCUGAUCCAAAAAAACGUCCACUUUAUGAUAGAUAUGGAUUGGAAGGAGUUCAAGAAAGUUCAGAUCAGAUAAAUUAUGGUGGUUUUAUGUCAGAUUUAUUUGAGUCGCCUUUUGCGUCAUUUGCAGAACCUAUGGGCUUUGGUGGAUUCGGUGGAUUUUGUGGUUUUGGAGGACUAGGAGUCAGAAGUAGACCUCAAUGUGGAAGAGAGGAAUUCUACAUUCUAAAAGUUACCUUAGAAGACUUGUAUAAUGGAAAUGUAAAAAACAUUUCGGUAGGCAGUAAUCUAAUUUGUAAUGGAUGCAAUGGAGUUGGAUGUUCUGAGAGAACAGCUUGCAGAGGUUGUGCUGGUAGUGGAAAAAAAUGGACUUUCUAUGAGAUUGCUCAGGGUAUAACCGUGCAAGGAAAAGCCCAAUGUAAUCUUUGUGAUGGAAAAGGUGAAAUGACGAAUGAGAAGUUUGUUUGCACGAUUUGUAAAGGAAAAAAAGUUUUAUAUCAUCUUAGGAAUUUGGAUGUUAACGUUGACAAAGGAAUGAAAGACACACAAAGAAUUUUGUUAAAAGGUGAAAAUGAACAAUACCCUGGUCCUCAAACGGGAGAUUUAGUUGUUAUUUUAGAACAAAAAGUUCAUGAUGUGUUCCAUAGAUCUGGAGAUAAUCUCUAUUUGACAAAAACUAUCGGUUUAGCAGAAGCCCUUUGCGGAUUGAAUAUUGUCGUUCGACAUUUAGAUGGAAGAGAUUUGAUUAUCACACAUCCACCUGGUUGUGUUAUUAAACCUGACGAUGUGAAGGGAGUAUCGGGAGAGGGAAUGCCAGUCUACAGAAAACCCUUUAAAAAAGGAAACUUAUACGUCAAAUUCGAUAUUACAUUUCCUGAGGAUAACUUCACAAAUGAAAAAGUUAUACAGACUUUACUAUCGAUGUUCCCACCCAAAGCACCGAUAAUUAUUCCUCAAGACGCCGAGGAAGUUGAACUUGAGAAUUUUGAUCCAAACUACAAAACAGAAUCUCACGUGCCUCGUGCCAGUGAAGCUUACGCUUCUGAUGACGAUGAAGGUCCAGAAAUGCAGUGUGCACAUCAAUAAAAUUAUUUAUUCUUUCCUAACUUUAGACCUUUGAAAAAAAACAUUCGUAAGUAAAAGAAAAAAAUAAUAUUCGUGUGCUAUGCAUACCGAAAUAUUAUAAGCUCAUCAAUUUUGAGCUUCAAAAUUUUCCAGGUGUUCAAAAAACUAAUUUAGUCGAAAUACCAUAAAAAAUGAUACUUUAAUUCCAAUAAAAUAUUCUUUUUUUAGA